AAAGGAAGGGAAAAAAAAAAAAAAAAAGGGCUGGGAGGCUAUUACGACGCCGUUGCACCCCAUCAUGCAAGCACCCUUUUACUCAAACGAAUCCUAUUUCCAAUUUGCUGUUUGACGCCCGUUCGAUCUUGGAAAGAAAAAGCACAAAGCCAUGGCUACUUCGUUGGCUGCAACGACGGCGCGCCGAGCUGCAACAUUCGCUCGGUCCGCCUCUAUGAUUCCCCGCCGUGGCCUCGCUGGCGCCGCUGAUCACCAUGGGCCACGUAAGGUUGAUUUCUGGAAAGACCCCAUGAGUCCAUCCAAGUGGAAGGAAGAGCACUUUGUGAUUGUCUCCUUAUCUGGCUGGGGUUUGCUUUUCUUUGGAGGGUACAAGUUCUUCACGGGAGGCCAGAAGAACAAUGAGAAAUUGGUGGAAGCAACACAUUAGAUUAGAGUAGAGAAUUUUGAACGUCGUCAUUACAGAAACUUUCUUCUAAUAUAUUGAACUUCAUAUUUCCUUGUUCGAUUUUGAUGUAUGGGGACAGCUCAACUGUUUCCAAUCAAUUUCAGUGAUCAUUGAAAUGCUAAGCUCAGGUGAUGACUGAAAUAAUACAACUUCAAACACUUUCGUGGCCAUUACAUUUUACAUUUUGAUCUUUCGAUUCA